AUGAAAAGACCAGGGGAAAAGCCAUUCCUGGACAAGGGAAUGCGCACAGUCCCUGAGACAGGAAUGCACGCAGAAUAUUUGAGGGCCAGAGAGAAGGGGAGCGUGGUAAGGAAGAAAGCUGGAGAGAUGGGAUUAGAUGAGAUACCCUAUAAAGGAGUAGAGAUGCAGAAGAGAACAGGUCCCAAGAAUACACAACAGUCUAACCACGUCGUGCUGCUCUUUAUUCCCACUUUACAGGAAGAAGAUGACGAUGGUCUGCCUAAGAAAAAGUGGCCUACAGUAGAUGCCUCUUAUUAUGGUGGGCGAGGCGUUGGAGGCAUUAAAAGGAUGGAGGUUCGUUGGGGAGAAAAGGGCUCCACAGAAGAAGGUGCUAAGUUGGAGAAGGCAAAGAAUGCAAGAGUCAAGAUGCCAGAGCAGGAGUACGAAUUCCCGGAACCACGAAAUCUCAACAACAACAUGCGCAGGCCCUCAUCCCCCCGGAAGUGGUAUUCUCCGAUCAAGGGAAAACUUGAUGCCCUGUGGGUCCUGCUAAGGAAAGGCUACGAUCGUGUGUCCGUGAUGCGUCCACAGCCAGGAGACACGGGGCGCUGUAUCAACUUCACCAGAGUCAAGAACAAUCCGCCUGCCAAGUACCCCCUCAACAAUGCCUACCAUACCACCUCACCGCCUCCUGCCCCCAUCUACACCCCGCCCCCCCCUGCUCCCCAUUGCCCUCCCCCCCCCCACAGUGCCCCCACCCCUCCAAUUCCAUCCCCACCUUCCAUCCUCCCUCCUCCCCCUCAGGCUCCCCCUCCCAACAGGGCACCACCCCCCUCCCGACCACCUCCUAGGCCCUCUGUCUAG